AUGGACUUCAAUGAACAUACUGGCACACACAUAGAUGCGCCAGUCCACUUUGCUAAAGGAAAACUUACUGUCGAUCAAAUCCCACCUAAAGAUUUGAUAGCAAAAGCAAUCGUUGUGGACAUUACUGAACAAACAUUAAAAGAUCGUGACUAUGCAUUGACGAUCGAUGAUUUUAAAAACUGGGAAGAGAAACACGGAACGAUUCCUGAUGGAAGCAUUGUGUUCAUUUUGACUGGCCUUGGAAAAUACUGGGGAAACUAUGAGAAAUACAUGGGAAAAGAGAAAAAGAGUAAUGGCGAGUUUCAUUGGCCAGGCUUUGCAAAUGCCACAGCUCAAUGGUUAGUUGACAAGCGGAAAAUAAAAGGAGUUGGUACUGAUGCUCGUUCUUAUGACGUGGGGCCAUCUGAAACCUUUCCAGCACAUCAAAUCUUUCUCGGAAACAAUAUCUAUUGUCUUGAAACUGUUGCCAAUAUUGAGAAACUUCCAGUGAAAGGUGCCGUUGUCUACGUAAUGCCGAUGAAAAUCAAGGGCGGAACUGGAGGACCAACUCGUGUUAUUGCUAAAACCAAGCCCGCAGGACGAGGUUCUCAUCUGACGAGCAGCAUCUUGGUUAUUUUCUUGUCCAUUCUUUUAACGUUGCUUAACCACAAGUAA